GUACCUACGCGCUGUUUAUUAAACUGCUGUAGCAAGCAACUAGUUGAACAUGAACAAAUUUGUGGUUUGGAAUUAAUUGGUAUGGCAUUAAAUCGCAGUGCCGUGCGCAGGAUCUGAAUUACGAAACCUAAGCGCGCGUAAAAUGAUAUACUUUCGCUCAUCUGCUCUCAUAAUACUUAUCUUGUUGCUAAGCAACACGCAGAGUUAUUGGUGGUGGGGCAAUAUAGAAGAGCCGUGGGAUACGAAGGAUAAUGUAGGGCUGGAGAAUCGUUACAAAAUGAGGAAUAUAUCUCACGAGUUGCUCAUGACAGCCACUCUGAAGGUCAGACACAUCUUGGACAUCAGAGAUUACCACUCAGACUCAAUCAGCUACCAAGUCGGAUAUAUUAUGGGCAAAGUGCGUGAGAAAUACCGCAGGAUGAUGGAGCACUACUACCAAUGGAGGGACAAGGCUUCCGGGAAAUCGGGCUUCGUUGGCCCAGGUAUCCGAGAGAUACGUCCGAUUCAUUUCCUCCUCACUAUGGAGCACAUAUUCACUUACGAGGCUUCCAUACACAAAUACUGUGAUGCUAUCAUAAGCUUCUUCACAAACGACACAUAUCCAGUUAAGGGAGCCGAGAAGAUUAAUAGAGCAAUACUCAAGAGGCAACAAAAGAAGAAGACAGCGAAUAAAUCUCCCAAAAAAUUACCUCCAAAUGGAACGUUACCAUCAUCGCUAAGAAGAAUGGAAGCAAUGUUAAAAAGCAGUUACCGGCAGCAGUUUUUGAUGCGAAGACUCGGUUUGCCAAUCAACCAGACCACGAGGAGCAAGCGAUUCCUGCACAACUGGCCGGUAGAGGGCAGCUGGGAUUUUGGGCCGUACGACGUUGGUAUUUAAGUUCCAAAUGGAAUAAAUUGAAACUAUUAUUUA